UCCAGCAACAUCUGCAGCAUCCGGCCGUUUUCCCGAGCAGGUGAGCCGCUCUUCGGCUCCAGACCCGGUUUAGUUGCCCACAGAAAGCUGCAGGUCGCUGGAUCUCAGCCUGCCGGCCUUUGGGAGCUGCUGCUGCUGAGACCUGAGCUCGUUUCCCCGCCACAAUGAGCAGCUUGAAGGGCUUCCAGUCCCAGCUGUCGUCCAUCAUGGAGGCGCUGACCCGAGCCGCGGUGGCGGAGAUCUGCGGGCUGGUGGAUGACGGCUACGCCGUCCUGCGGCUGGAGAUCUCCCGCAGCCGCAAGGAGAACGAGGCGCUGCGGACGAAGCUGGAGCUCAUCGAGUCCAUCAUCGCCCGGGGCGGCCGCCGGACCGGCGGGCCGGAGGAGGCUGCGGCCGAGUUGGAAGCUGAAGCGUCUCUACAGCAGAUAAAACCCUCCAACUUCAGAGGACAUGGAUCCGUUCCUGCAGAGGAUUCUGCUGCAGCCGCUGCGGAGGAGCCGAUCCAAAUGGAUCAGGACAUCGUUGUGAUCAAAGAGGAUACGGAGGAGGAGAAGGACGACCCGCUGCUCCUGCAGGAGGACGGUAAGGAGGCGGACCCGGGCCUCCCUGUGGGCCAGGAGGGCCCAUCCGGCAGGAAGAUCUCUGACAUGCGGUGUUGGGACCAGAGCAGCUCCUGCAGUGGCCGGCCGUCUCCGGGCCCGUCCGGCGCCGCUGAGGGCGGUUCUGCGGACUUUGACCUGGCCUCCGAGUCGGACAGCGGCGCUCUGUCUGCAGCGGACAUCAGGACCGGCUUCCUGCUGGGAUCUGGAGACGGACCGGCGGCGCUGCCCGGACUGUCAGACCUGAAGCGGGGUUCUGCUCUGGUCGGGUCCGUCCCCUGCGACGUGGAUUUGGACCCCGGCGCCUCCUGGAGCAGCCAGGCCGUGCCCGGCAUGAUGCCGGUGCCGCACCGCUCCAUGCUGCUGGCACUUGGCGGCUCCAGACUCGACCCGCUGGAGCUCAGCCGGUUCUGCAGGGACCAGCGAUUUGCCUGUAACUACUGCGGAAAAUGCUUCACAUCAUCGCGCAGCCUGGAGACACACGUCCGCGUUCACACGGGCGAGAGGCCGUACAGCUGCGCGCAGUGCGGGAAGCGCUUCACGCAGUCGGGCCACCUGAAGACGCACCAGAGCGUCCACACGGGGGAGCGACCCUUCUCCUGCGAGCACUGCGGGAAAUGCUUCGCGGCCAAGCAGAACCUGCGGAUCCACCAGCAGAAACAUCACAUGGUGCCGCUUUGACUGGGCCAGAGCCGAGCCCAGACCCGCUGACCCGCUGACAGGGCCGGCCCAAGCCUUUUGGGACCCAAAGCAGAUUUCCAUACAUGUCAACACCAGAUUCUUCAUUCCUGAUCUGCUCUGUAUGUAACGAACCUGCAUUAGCAACAUUUGCUACUAGCUUAGCAGUGUUAUUUUGGCUGUUAAUUUUAAAAUUACAGAAGUCAUAAACUAAAAUUAUUUCAUUUUAAAAUGCUGAGUGGGAUUUAAGUGUGCCAUAUUGUUCUCACCAUUUGAAAGUAGCAUCAGCUGAUAAACACUAAAUUUACAGUUUUAAACACAAUUUAAACACUAUUUACAGUGAACAAGUUUGAGAUGUUAUAUUUCCCAACAGUGGCAGCAGCCAUCAGGAGGAAGAAAUCCCAUUUCUACAACAGGUUGUGUGGCGGCUCUAAGCUGCUGCUUAAACUUGCGUAUGCCUUGGGCCGGCUCUGCUGAUGGACCAGAACCUCCAGCAGUUCCAUGACUUUUUCUGUUCAUCCAGACAUUUCAGUGGAAAAGCUGCUCAGAUUUCUUCUCUCUGCCUUCUCUUUCACUUUUUUUUAACUUUUAAACAGGAAGACAUUCCAGUAGCAACAUAGUUUUGUCUUUAGAGGCUGCAUGAGUGGCGCUGAAGUUUGGUGUCAGUCAGUUAAAAUUUAAUUUUCUAAAAUUAAAUUUUAAUUUUUUAUCUUAUAGAAUCAAACAAUAAAAUUAAAGCUAAAGAACAACCUGCUGUGUUUACAUCCACCCAUCAUGGAAGGUUAUUAAUUUUACGCUUGCGAUAAAAAAAGCAGAGUGGAAUAAUCAAACCUGGAAGAAAAACAUGUGACUGAUGGUGAAAGUGAAGAUGUGAGCUUUAUGUUGACUGUUUUAAUAAUAAAUUCAAACUGUUUACCGUUUGUGUAAUUUAUUGCAGUUGCAGUGAAAUCCUCAAAUAAAUCAUUUAUCAAAAGUUCGAAUCGGUUGAUUGUAUCAGAGCUACUUUAAAAAGAUGUUAUUGUUUUUAAUGAUCAUUUUACAAUCUGUUGGCUCAGUGGAGAUAGUUUCAUUUUAAAUUUAUGGUUUUAUUCUUUUUUUAACCUUUAAACAUUAUAUAUGCAUCCCAAUUAGUUUAAUUUGACAAGUUAAUUUAGUAAUAAUGAUUUGUGAAGUUUUCCAAUUAGUACAGUGGAUUACAACGUUAGUAAAUUAAUUUUUUUUACAGACAUUUAGUUAUCUGUAGUUUAGGCAGACUGUAAAUGUUAUCCUUUGGUGCACAGUGAUGCCAAGAUGCAUUAUUAUCGAUUAUUAAUGCAAAUAAACUUGGUUUUCAGUGGAGGUCUCAAAUAUUUGGGGAUUUUAGCAGAAACAGA